CUCCCUCCCCAGCGCGGCUCCCUCCUCCGCCUUCCGCAGUUGCCGCCCGAGCGCCGACUGUGUACGCGACUGUGUACGCCCUGCCCUCAGUGAAUUUAGAGUCUAGCCAGGACCACCAGCAGGUAGUUACCCAGUUCCACAAGCAGCCGUGUGAGCGCCCUGGCCCUGGAUUGAGCCCCAGGGUCGGGAGGGGGAGAGCUUCCUUUGAAACUGCCCUUUCACCACAGCUCUGAAGGACCCAGCAUUUUGACUUCAGCCAAGCAUUUGAUCUGGCUGGGCCUCCCCUUUGCAAAAAGGAGAUAGCAGUACCAGCCUUAGGGCUGCUGUGAAGAUAAAAAAAGCCAGUCAAGUCGCAAAAACUGUCCAGGCAGUGCCUGGUAAGGCCAGAAUUGCGGGUUACCAUGGCUACUGCUUUCCCUGAUUUGGCUCCCCCCAUCUGAGCGACUUAACCUGGCCGGCAGGACGUCUCAGUUCUUUAUCCCUUGUUGGGCGCACGGUAGGCACCCAGGGAAUGUGGAAGGAGCAGGUAUCAGCUCAGGAGGCCUCUCUUCGCUUCACUCUGCCGGGCUCAGGCACGGAGGGGCCCAUGAAGCAGGAGAACUUCAUCCUGGGCAGCUGUGGACCAGGUGAAGGGCGUGCUGACGCUGCAAGGGGAUGCCCUGAGCCAGGCGGACGUGAACCUGAAGAUGCCCAGGAACAACCAGCUGCUGCACUUCGCCUUCCGGGAGGACAAGCAGUGGAAGCUGCAGCAGAUCCAAGAUGCCAGGAACCAUGUGAGCCAAGCCAUUUACCUUCUCGCCAACCGGGACGAGAGCUACCAGUUCAGGACAGGAGCAGAGGUCCUCAAGCUAUGACCAGCCCCCUUCCCCAGCUGAUGGACGCCGUGAUGCUGCAGCUGACCAGAGCCCGAAACCGGCUCACCACCCCGGCCACCCUCACUCUGCCUGAGAUCGCUGCCAGCGGCCUCACGCGGAUGUUUGCCCCCGCCCUGCCCUCAGACCUGCUGGUCAAUUUCUACAUCAACCUCAACAAGCUCUGCCUCACCGUGUACCAGCUGCACGCCCUGCAGCCCAACUCCACCAAGAACUUCCGCCCGGCUGGAGGCGCUGUGCUCCACAGCCCCGGGGCCAUGUUUGAGUGGGGCGCACAGCGUCUGGAGGUGAGCCAUGUGCACAAGGUGGAGUGUGUGAUCCCCUGGCUCAAUGACGCCCUGGUCUUCUUCACCGUCUCCCUGCAGCUCUGCCAGCAGCUCAAGGACAAGAUCUCCGUGUUCUCCAGCUACUGGAGCUACAGGCCCUUCUGAGCGGAGCGCCCAAGACCCGGGCCCCUGGGCAUGGCCCCCCGCCCAGGGGCCCCUGUCCCCCCACCGCCUCAGAGUGCCAGCCAGAGCCAGAACUGUGCACCACGGGCUAUUUAUUUCCCUCUUCACCCUGUCCUGCCUGUCACGUCUGCACGGAUGGACCCGAACUCUGGGACGAAGGGACAGUGGCUUGCGGUUUGUUUUGGAAUGGGGGGGGCGGGGUCAGGAAGGCGGGGCUGUGAGGUGGCCAAAGUCCCAGCCCUGCCCUCCGCAGAAGGCUGGAACCUUUGGACUCAGGGUGGGGCUGGCCCUCCUCCCUCCCUCCCCUCCCUGGGGCAGCUGAGGACGUUGAGGGGAGCCACACACUCCCCGCCCCUGGAGGGCGUGGCAUGGGUGGUGGCCCUAGGCUCUGCGUCAGGAGAGGGGGACAGAAGGCGCCCACCAUGAGCUGUGAUGCCCUUAUCUGUGUUCACUCCAUGACCCUGCUGGGGCCUCUGAGGAAUAAAGAUCAUCUGACUUUGCCUGGA